UGUACAGUUCACACUAUGCGAGGACAGAGCGUGACCGUUGAGUUUGAUGAUUGGCUGAGAAGGUCACGUGACAUCUGCGGAGAGCACCAGACGUCUGCUGCUCACCAGAGCGCUGACGGGAAGCAGAACGGGGGAACAGAGGCAGAGGAUUCCGCUGUGACCCUCAGGAUGACCUCUUGGCCCCGCCUCCUCCUCUUCGGAGAUUCAAUCACCCAGUUUGCCUUUGAAACAAACGGCUGGGGAGCAACACUGGCUAACAAGCUUGUAAGAAAAUGUGACGUUCUCAACCGUGGCCUGUCAGGGUACAACACCAGAUGGGCAAAACACAUCCUGCCAAAGCUCAUCCCUAAUAGCUGCGAUGCCGAAAACAUUGCCGCCGUUACUAUUUUCUUUGGCGCCAAUGACAGCUCCAUAAAAGAGGAAAACCCUCAGCAGCACGUCCCGCUGGAAGAAUACACUGAGAAUCUAAGGAGCAUGAUCCAGUAUCUGAAGAGCGUGCAUAUCGGGCAGGAUAAAAUCGUUCUGAUCACGCCGCCUCCCAUUCACGAACCGUCUUGGGAAAAGCAAUGCUUCACGAAAGGAUGCAAGUUAAAUCGUCUGAACUCUAUAGCUGGGACAUACGCCAAGGCCUGUGCUCAGGUUGGCACGGAGUACGGAACAGAUGUUGUGGAUUUGUGGACACUCAUGCAGGAAGGCUGCGCGGACUGCACAGUGUACCUAUCAGACGGGCUCCAUUUAUCAGAUGAAGGCAACAAGUUCCUGGAGUCCAAACUGUGGCCCCUCUUGGAGAAGAAGCUGGAGUCCCUGCCUUUUAUCUUACCUUAUUGGAACGACGUGGACAAUAAUAACCCAGAAUCCUCUCUGUUCCAAAGCAUUGCUGAAAAGAAAGAUCAAUGACCCGCUUCACCAUAGUAGGUUAUACCCUAAAAUUGGGGAUUCAGGGCUACAGGAUCACCCAUUGUAGGACAGCAUUAUUUAGACCAGGCUUAGGCAACCUUCAGCACUGCAGAUGUUUUGGACUACAUCUCCCAUGAUGCUCUUAGAGCCAAAAUACUGACAAAGCAUCAUGGGAAACGUAGUCCAAACAUCUGCAGUGCUGAAGGUUGCCUAUCCCUGAUUUAGACCAUUCUGUACACUUUGGGCAGACCCAUCCUUGGUUUACACGUUCUUCUCCAGAUUAGAGAUGAGCGAACUUACAGUAAAUUCGAUUCGUCACGAACUUCUCAGCUCGGCGAUUGCUGAC